CAUUAAUACCGAGAUAACUCAUGAAAAUAAAUAGUAGAAAUACAAUUGAGUGACCACCCAAAUCAAAACAUAAUUCAUUUCCUCCAAAUCUUCCUUCAUUCUUUGACUUUUUCCCUCAUGUUAACAACUUUAUAUUGGUAAGUUAUUACUUAAUAGAUGUACAAAGUCAGAGAAUAAUGAUUUGGCUUAUAUUGUUACUCUAUCUUAUGGAUUAUUGGAUGUUUUAGAAUAAGAUGCUUAGAAUCGUAUUAAGAAUGAUUGUCUUUUUGUCGACUUUAUGAAAUAGUAGGUGUGCGUUAAGUAUUACAAUUGAAAUUUUUGUAUGUAAAAUUUUAGCUAUUAUAAUGUUGAUGUACGGGGCGGGUAUUACCCAUGGGUACCCGAAACCCACGGGUAUGAGGAUGGGUUUGCAAAUCCUCCCCGUAUGAAUAUGGGGUGGGUAUGAGUUUGGAUAUUUGAAAGCGGAGAUGGGGAUGGUUUAGGCAACCAGCCCCAAACCCACCCCAUUAUCAUCCCUACAAUUCAUCCGUAAUGAAUGAAGUGGAAAUCCCUUUCCAACUAUUACAAUCAUUCUCCCUAAAAUAUGAAGGGAGUUACAUAUUCGAUACGCAUCGGUGAAGAAAGUUUCCCCAAAAUUAUGCUCUUGCCGUCUCAUAGCUUCCCCCAAUGGCCAAUUCCCCUCCUUCUCCUCCUUGUCUCUUGUAAAUGACACAACACACAGUAUUCAAAAGAUUUCUCUCCUUCCUUUUAAUGGCGGGGUACUAUCUUAGUUUCCAAUUGUUCCUCGACAACCUUUUUGGGUGUUCUCACAAUCUCACUCUCUCUACAAUCUACAUGCAAAAUCCAACCUCCACAACACCCUAACCCAAACAAAGAAACAAAAAUCCCAUCCCCCAUCUCUCUCUCUCUAUCCCUUUCCCAAUCUCAUAGACCCGAAAAUCUCUGCUCCUUAAUUCUUCCUCCAUUUCACCUACCCUUUUCAAUGUUUUGGUUGUAAGGGAAGAAUGAAAUCAACCCCAUUUCCUUUUUCAUCAUCAUCGUCGAAUAACAACAAUGGUUCAACCGGCACUGUCGGGGCGCCUCCUGGUUCUCAUUUACACGGGAAAAGGGACAAACAAACUUUAAACAUAAUCAUGGGGAAGGCUAUGCCUUGCUUGUUGUCCACAUUUGCCAUAACCACCAUUUUCACCUUCUUCCUCUACUCCCCUGACCCUUUCAAUCUCACCCCACUUCCCAAACAAACCCAAAAACAACAACAACAACAACAACAACAACAGCAGGGUGGAGAUGAUCCUCAUCUUCUUGAUCAAACCAUCUCGUUGAAACCGCCACCAUCGCAUCCCAAUCUAAAGGUGGAGGAGAAUUGUGAGCUGUUCAAGGGACGGUGGGUGCCCGAUCAUGAAGGUGCGAGGUACAAUAAUUGGAGCUGCCCGACGAUUCCAGACUCGAAGAACUGUUUCAGGCAUGGGAGGAGGGACAAAGAUUUCCUCAACUGGAGAUGGAAACCUGAUGGUUGUGUUCUUCAGAAGUUUGAUCCCAAGGAAUUCUUUGGGAUUGUGAGAGGGAAGACGAUGGCCUUUGUUGGGGACUCUGUUGCCAGGAACCAUUUUGAAUCACUACUCUGCCUCUUGUCCCAGGAGGAAGCUCCAGUAGAAGCCUACAAGGAUGCCGACGACAGGAACAGGAUAUGGCAUUUCCCCAAGCACGAUUUUAUCCUGAAGGUCAUCUGGACCAAGUUUCUGGUCGCCGGAGAAGAAAGGAUGAUCAACAGCACGACAUCAGCCGGCAUCCACGACUUGUACCUCGACAGGCUGGACGAGAACUGGGCUCGAGACCUGCACGCCUUGGAUUACGUGAUCAUCUCUGGAGUGCAUUGGUUCUUUAGGGCCAUAUACCUCCACCAGGAUUCCAAGGUGGUGGGGUGUAUCUACUGCAACGAACCGAAUGUGACCAACUGGGACGUCAAAAUGGCAGUGAAGAUGGCCCUCAGGGCAGCUCUCAACCGGAUAAACAACUGCAAGGAAUGCAAGAAAACCAUCGUCGUGGUGAGGACAUUCUCCCCGUCUCACUUCGAGAACGGGUUGUGGAACACUGGCGGGACCUGCAACAGGACAGGGCCUGCCAGGGAGUUGGAGAUCGACUCAGGGAGGGAUGUUUAUGAAGUGAGAGACAAGCAGGUUGAGGAGUUUCAAAGAGUAAGAAAAAAAGUUAAGAAGGGGAAGAAGUUUGGAGUUUUGGAUAUCACUAGGGUUAUGAGGGUGCGGCCCGAUGGACACCCAGGCUUAUUCUGGGGGAACCAGUGGAUGAAAGGGUACAGCGACUGCGUUCAUUGGUGCUUGCCGGGUCCUAUUGAUGUAUGGAAUGAUUUCCUGCAAGCAAUUUUGACGAGGCUGAGAUGAUCGACAUUCUUUGGUUAACUAGAUUAGAUUAUAGCUGCAUAGUAUAGGAAUUGAGUGAUUUAUUUUCAUAAGUUCUUAGAGGCAUAGUAAAAAUUGAUUGUUUCAGCUGAGGGACAAAUAAAAGUGAGAGACAGAGAGAUGUAAAGAUAUAUGCAGAAAGCAAAUUCUAAAUAGUACAUUCAUGCAGUGAAAGAAGACUAGAAGAGUGAGUUCUGUUAUGCUAUCAGUUCUGGACUUCUGGUUUUUACAGUGUAAUAAUGAAAUAUUACCCAAGUUAGGGAUCCAAGAUGACAGGAACCAGAAAGACGGCAGCAGGAUUGACAGGUUGCACGAUGGUCCUCACUUACGGUGGUACAAAUAGAGUAAUUCUGGCUAGAUAUUUACUCAGUGUUGGUAUUUUUUCUAACUAGCUCUAACAAGACAAUUUUAGCAGAGGAGACACAACCCAUGUUCAAGAGUUAGGAGAGGAUUCGGCUGCAGCUGUCCAAGAAAGGACAUCCCUCCCUUUCACAACUGGGUUAGGAAACACGACAAGUUCGUGCCAAUGAACAAUCCAAUGCAAG